GUGACGUAUCUAUUAUGCGCCACUUAUCUGUGUCAAAUUAAAAGUCCCCCUCCGAAGAUUACAUUUACGCUUGGGGGUUAUUCUGCGGUUUGUUUUUGAAAGUAAUAGUUUCCCCGCAGCGCUUAUCGUUUACGUUUUUGACACGGAUCGGCCGAAUAUGAACAGUUUGGAGGCUGUGUCGCGCAGGAUAUCGGACUCUCGUUCGUAUUUUUAACUUGUUUACGUCGAAGCGCCGGAGCUGCUGUCGAGGGGAGAAGGAAUCACCCACGUUUUUCACAUCCCGAUGCGAACGCCGCCGAGUCGCCUCUGGAUCAGCUGAUUGCAGCCAGGUGAGCUGCAGGCGGAUGGAUGAAAGCCCGUGGCUGGUCGGAUGCUGGAUGCUGGAUGCUUUCUAGUCUAGCGGGGGAUCCUCCGUGCGUCUCGUAUUACAACGCAUCGCAACGCAGUCCUCCCUCCUCUGCCUCCAUCGCGACCGGUCCCCUGCGCGCCCGUGAGCGGAUGAAUGCCUGUAAAGUCUGUGAUCUCACAGUCGCCAAAGGGACUCCAUGUCUUUCUUGGACUGUUCCUGCAUUUCCCACACUCAGGUCCAGCCCAUGGACAUAGAGGAACCCUAUGAGGACAUCAGCCACCAGUUCCUGGUCAGUAGCCGAGACGCUGUCAGCAUGCAGACAGGUGUCACACUGAUGCUCUUCCCUCAUAUCAUCACUCUUCAUGUAUGUGGAGCUCCUCAAGACUUGACUUAAAAGUUGUGACGGCUCCGAGUACACCCUGCAAGGCCCGGCGGGCGGCGAUGACGUCACUGGGCUGUCGGCCGAGCCGGCCCACUACCAGCUGCUGUGCGAGCUGGGGAGGGGCUUCAACAACCUGAGCAAGGUGAACAUGGCGCGCCACAUCCCCACCGGGCAGCUGGUGGCCGUCAAGCAAACCAACCUGGACGAGUGCACGGAGGAGGAGCUGCUGCAGCUCAUGAACGAGGUUCUGAGGUCCCGGCUCUUCCGUCACCCCAACCUGCUCACGUCCCGCCUGGUCUUCAGCCCCUGCUGCCAGCUGUGGGUCCUGACACCACUCAUGGCUUAUGGCUCUGCGGACACCUUACUGAGGACAUAUUUUCCAGAUGGAAUGAGUGAAUCCCUGAUCGCGUACCUGCUGUAUGGCGUGCUGAAAGCAUUGGAAUACCUGCACCGCAUGGGCUACGUCCACCGGGGCGUGAAGGCCAGUCACAUCUUGCUGUCGGGAGAGGGGCGUGUCUACCUCUCGGGGCUGCACAGUGUUUACAGCAUGAUGCGCGAGGGGAAGAGGGUGAGGGCCGUGUUCGACAUGCCUCACCACAGCCCCGCGCUGCUGCCCUGGCUCAGCCCGGAGCUGCUGCGACAGGACCUGCACGGCUACGGAGUGAAGUCAGACAUCUACAGUCUGGGAAUCGUGGCCUGCGAGCUGGUCAGUGGAAGGGUGCCUUUCCAGGACAUGCCUCCCACUCAGAUGCUCCUCCAGAAGCUUCGCGGCUCCCACUGCUGCCUGCUGGACGUGGCACCCUUCCCCCUGGGCGAGCUGGGGGGGCUGAAGGUGUCGCGGUCCGGCGUGGACUCCGGCAUCGGGGAGAGCGUGGCCACGGGAAGCCUGACGCACAGCGCCACCGCGCCGCCCACCGACCGGCCGCAGAGCCCCGCCCCCAAAAACCACUCGGCCACACUGCACAACCUGGUCCAGCUGUGUCUGCAGCAGCAGCCUGAGCGCAGGCCGUCUGCAUCCGAGCUGCUGACCCACGCCUUCUUCAAGCAGGUGAAGAGGCACACCAGAGACUCCUUCCUCAGUCUCAUGUACCCAGCAGUACCCCUCACCAGCCCCGAGGACCCUCCAGUGUCCAGCCCCCCGGCCCCCUCCUCCUGCCACGCCCCACCACCACCACCACCCUCCACCCCGGACACCACAGAAGCAGUGUGGGACUUCUCCUAACCCCCCUUCCACAAAACCCCCGACUAGCAAACCAAACACGAGACAAUCAAAGAAAAGCAAUGAGGCCAAAUCCUACUGUGCUUUUAUUUUUAUUUUAUAUCACCAUUAACCCCCGACUCUCUGAGCCUUUUUAAAAACAGUUUUGUAGUUGUUGUUUUUUUUGUCAUGUUUGUCUGAUAUAUAAUGGGAUUUUUGAGUCAGGUGACUGUGAAAGUGCUGGAAUCGAAGAAGCUGCUCCACUCGUACACGGAUCCAUACUAAUAAUAACGGACUGGAUACGAGUGGUAGGACAUAACACUAAUAAUCAAACACUUCCUCUUUAAGUCGCAACUUAAAGGAAAAAAAAAUAAAUCACCCUGGAAAUACGACGGUAUGUCUGGUAACUUCCAUUCAUACCAGUCACAUUCAGUUCAGGGUGGUGACUAUAGUAGCUGCUUUUAUGCUGCAAUGCCACUAACUGUACCUGAAAUAAGGAAGUGAAUACACCGAGAAGUUGUAUCUUAAUAGGUACUAAAAAAAAAAAAAAAAGUGAAGUAAGAGAGUACAUGAAGGUGGAUUUUAUCUUUUUAACCUGCUAUUACGCGUUCAGACUGUGAAUAACGAAUACUGAGAUACAUAAAAGGUCAUAUGUGCAGUUUUUCAAAUUAAGAGCUUAGUAUUUUCUUUGGCGUCUUCAGUGAGAAAAUAUGCUCUUUAUAACUCCUAUAACUCGUUUAUCAGUAUUGAGGUAACUCGGAACGAGUUGUCUUUGAAUGCAUCGGUACACUACAAAGUGGAGGAACGGUCAAAAUAAAAUAUGACUCCUUUUUAACGGCGACUUUUGCCAAAAUUUAAACAAAUACUGUAUAGGCUGUAAAUGCUAACUACCUGACUCCAUGGCAGCUUUAUACUAUAAUUAGACUUGAUUUUUUUUUGUACCACACUAUCCCUGUACAACGACGUUCAUUAAUCUACCCGUAAUCACCUGUAAAUAUGUCUCUGCUGUAUGUUUGAACAAGUAUGAACACAGUGUUCAUGUGUAGGAAUUUUAAAACUUGCCAUCGUGCCCGAGGGACAAACUGUGCAGUGAGCAAUAGACUAUAUCUCCAUGUAGCGGUUAGAAAAUAGAGGAAAAUCUUUCCCCGUCCUGGUCAUCGGUGACUCUCCAAGAGAGUGUUUCUACUGUGCCCCCCUGUGCCCACCUAUCCAGCAAUGCCUUUAUGUUUGAAUGAAACCUGCAUUCAGAAUAUGACGAUAUCUCUGUAACUGUGAUUACGUGUACUUUGUGUGAGAACUGUGACUUGCAGUACAUAUCAAACAUGAUAGCUGUGUGAGCCUUAUAUAUAAAUAUAUACACACAUAUUAUAAAUGAUAUGAUACAAAACUGGAUUUCCAAACUUCC